AUGCCCUCCAAAAUCACCGUCGCAGUCGCGCAAGCCCGCACCCACAAAACAACACAAGCCACCCUCUCCGCACUAUCCCGCAUCGCCCACCACGCCCGCACCCGCGGCGUCCACCUCCUCCUCUUCCCCGAAGCCUAUCUGGGCGGAUACCCGCGCACCUGCUCGUUCGGGUGCGCCGUGGGCUCGCGCGCCCCGCACGGCCGCGACCAGUUCCUGGCCUAUUUCCGCUCGGCGGUGGAUCUGGGGGAUACGCCUGCCGGGGCCGGGGACGACUGGGUGCAUCGCCGGUUGCCUGUGGCCAAGGGGCGGAGCGAGCGCGGCGAUGGGACGAGGGAGGAGAUGGAGCGGGUGGCGAGGGAGACGGGGGUGUUUCUCGUUGUGGGGGUUAUUGAGCGUGCGGGUGGGAGUUUGUAUUGCUCUGUUGUUUAUGUGGAUCCCCUGCGUGGGUGUCUUGGGAAGAGGAGGAAGGUUAUGCCUACAGGAACAGAACGCCUCAUCUGGGCACAAGGCUCCCCCUCCACCCUCAAGGCCGUCACGACACACCUCAACGGCGUCCCCGUCACCCUCGCCGCAGCGAUCUGCUGGGAGAACUACAUGCCCCUCCUGAGACAGAGCCUCUACGCCCAGAACAUCAAUAUCUAUCUGGCCCCCACGGCCGACGCCCGCGAUACCUGGCUGGCGCUUAUGCGGACGGUUGCCUGCGAGGGCCGCGCGUUCGUGCUUUCGGCGAACCAGUGCGUAAAGUAUAAUGAGUUGCCCGAGUGGGUGACCUGUCCGCCUGGGACGCAACAGCCGCAGACGCAGAUGCAGAUGCAGGUGCAGACCCGGCCGCCGGCGCAUCGCAAGAAGCAUUCCAUUACGGCCGAGGGCCCGCAUGAGAUCGUUUGGCCCGACGGGGAGAAGGCGGAGACGGAGGCGGAGGCGCCGGUGGCGGCUCUUCCGGCUUCUGCGGCUGCCGCUGACGGUGUUCCUCAUGGCGAUGAUUUUGUCUGCCGCGGGGGAUCGUGCAUUGUCGGCUGCCAGGGUGAGGUGCUCGCCGGCCCGAUCUGGGAGGUCUCUGCGGAUGAUGCGCCCGAUUCGGUGGUGACGGCUCGCGCGGCUGGGACCGAUGCCGAUGGGAAUGCGGUCGGGGAUGGGCUGCUGGUGGCUGAGAUUGACCUGGAGGACUGUGAGCGCGGCCGCCUGGAUAUGGACCUCGCGGGAAGCUAUUCGCGCAACGAUGCGUUCAAGUUGACGGUCGAGGGGUUGGACCUCAGCCCUCCUCCGUUCUAA